GAGACGCGGAGACCAGCACGCAGAGGGAGGGAGGGAGAGGCAGGGGAAGAGGAGAGAGAGGAGGCAGGAGAGAGAAGCAUCCUUGUGCUCCCUUCCUCCAGACGCCCUCCUCUGUCCGAGGGAAGCGGCCGGGGGCACUGAGUGGCAUAGCGAGAGAGAUGUAGGCACUGAAGACGUGAAGGACCCUGCCUUGCUAGUAGGACUGAGCGGCAGAAGGACAGACAGACCAACGUGAGGGGCAGCUCGGAGAGCGGAGCGUGGGACGAGAAGCUCGAGGACUGCCAGGCUGAACGACAGACGGCCAGACAGACAGAGGUGCCGGGACCCACUGCCAGACAGACAGGAGGCGGGUGCACCUUGGUGCUCUGCAGCUAGCAGGGCGAAGAAGGCAACAGCGGCGCCCCGGGAGCGAAUUCUGAGGAGCAAGGUGUAGCUGGGGGCCGCGGGGUCGUCUGCCUAAGCCGCCGCAGUCGCGGCUGCUGUGGUCGCUGCAGCCCUGCCGGCAGCCCAGCGGACGCUGCAGAAAGGUGUUUUUACUAGCAAUUAAAUAAAUCGACCAAAAAUAACAAUAAUAAGCCAAGCCAAACCAAACAAAGCCAAAUCAAUCCGUGAGAAACAAUUUCAAUAAAAGCCAAAAACUAAAUCAAAUCAAUCAAGGCACCAGGACGCUGGGGGGAUAUCCACUGUUUGGUCAAGGUGGAUGAUGUGUCAGACCGUGUAAGGGAAUCGCCUGGAGAUGGGGGUUCUGAACUGUUAAUGGGGACAUGGGACUCCCGUUGCCUCUGAUCACUUGUGUGGAUUUUCCUGGCAUCGAAAGACAGAAGCCGCUCAUAAGUCACCAAGACCGACAGCAGGAAUUCUGCGUGAAAGGGCAUCAAACCUUGUUAUUUUAAUUUGCAUCUGGGAGAAUGUCUGAGCCAGGAGACCUGAGUCAGGCCAUAGUGGAGGAAGGUGGGCCUGAGCAGGAGACAACCACUCCAGAGAAUGGUGUGGUUAAAUCCGAAAGUCUGGAUGAGGAAGAGAAGCUUGAACUACAGAGGCGGCUGGCGGCUCAGAACCAAGAGAGAAGAAAAUCCAAGUCAGGAGCAGGGAAAGGUAAACUAACUCGCAGCCUUGCUGUCUGUGAAGAGUCCUCAGCCAGACCAGGAGGGGAGAGUCUUCAGGAUCAGGAAUCAGUUCAUUUACAGCUUUCCAGUUUUCCCAGCCUGCAAGAGGAUGAUAAAUCUAGGAAAGAUGACUCUGAAAGAGAAAAAGAAAAGGAUAAAAACAAAGAUAAAACCUCUGAAAAACCCAAGAUCAGAAUGUUAUCAAAAGAUUGCAGCCAAGAAUAUACGGAUUCUACAGGCAUAGACUUACACGAGUUUCUGAUUAACACAUUAAAGAAUAAUUCCAGAGACAGGAUGAUACUCUUGAAAAUGGAGCAGGAAAUUAUUGAUUUCAUUGGUGACAACAAUAAUCACUAUAAAAAGUUUCCUCAGAUGUCAUCCUAUCAGAGGAUGCUUGUCCAUCGUGUGGCAGCUUACUUUGGGUUGGAUCACAAUGUGGAUCAGACAGGGAAAUCUGUUAUCAUCAACAAGACUGGCAACACAAGAAUCCCAGAGCAAAGGUUUUGUGACCAUUUAAAAGAUGAAAAAGGUGAAGAAUCCCAGAAGCGGUUUAUCUUGAAGCGAGAUAACUCUAGUAUUGAUAAAGAAGACCCUCAGCAAAACAGAAUGCAUCCAUUUAGAGAUGACAGACGAAGUAAAUCAAUUGAAGAGAGAGAAGAGGAAUAUCAGAGAGUGAGGGAGAGAAUAUUUGCACACGAUUCAGUUUGCUCCCAGGAAAGCCUUUUUGUGGAAAACAGUAGGCUCUUGGAAGACAGUAACAUAUGCAGUGAGACCUAUAAGAAAAGACAGCUCUUUCGGGGCAAUAGAGACAGCUCGGGGAGAACAUCCGGAAGUCGGCAGAGCAGCUCCGACAAUGAACUGAAGUGGUCUGACCACCAAAGGGCCUGGAGCAGCACAGAUUCCGACAGCUCCAACCGCAAUCUCAAGCCUGCCAUGACCAAGACGGCGAGUUUUGGGGGCAUCACGGUGCUGACCAGGGGUGACAGUACAUCCAGCACCAGGAGUGCCGGGAAGCUGUCCAAAGCAGGUAGUUCCGAGUCCUCCAGCAGUGCAGGCUCCUCAGGAUCGCUGUCUCGCCCCCACCCACCUCUCCAGACCACACCCCUGGUCUCAGGUGUGGCCGCUGGUUCUCCAGGCUGUGUGAGCUACUCAGAGAAUGGGAUGGGGGGCCAGGUCGCUCCCAGCAGCACCAGCUACAUCCUCCUUCCACUCGAAGCUGCAACAGGCAUCCCACCCGGAAGCAUCCUUCUUAAUCCACAUACAGGCCAGCCCUUUGUGAAUCCAGAUGGAAGCCCCGCCAUAUACAACCCCCCUGCCAGCCAGCAGCCUCUGCGAAGCACGAUGGUGGGGCAGUCCCAGCAGCAGCCCCAACAGCAGCCUUCCCCACCGCAGCAACAGGUCCAGCCACCCCAGCCGCAGAUGGCAGGCCCACUGGUCACUCAGGGGCUGCAAGCUUCCUCCCAGUCAGUGCAAUAUCCAGCUGUCCCUUUCCCUACCCAGCAUCUCCUGCCAGUGUCUCCGACGCCGCAGUUCCCCAUGAGAGAGGAUGUGGCCACACAGUUCGGCCAGAUGAACCUGAGCCGGCAGUCCUCAGGGGAGACUGCUGAGCCCCCAGCUGGUCCCGUCUACCCGCCGUCCCUCCUGCCACAGCCCACCCAACAGCCAAGCUAUGUCAUCACCUCCACAGGCCAGCAGCUCCCAACGGGGGGCUUCUCAGGCUCCGGACCUCCCAUCUCCCAGCAAGUCCUCCAGCCCCCUCCCUCGCCACAGGGAUUUGUGCAACAGCCUCCAGCUGCACAGAUGCCUGUGUAUUAUUAUCCAUCUGGCCAGUACCCUACCUCAACUGCUCAGCAGUUCCGGCCUGUAGCCUCAGUUCAGUUCAGUGCUCAGAGGGGCCAGCAGAUGCCACAGACAGCACAGCAAGCAGGUUACCAGCCGGUCUUGUCUGGUCAACAGGGGUUCCAAAGCCUCAUGGGGGUGCAGCAGCCACCUCAGAGUCAGGGUGUGAUGAGCAGCCAACAGGGAACUCCAGUGCAAAGCAUCAUGGUCUCCUACCCAACCAUGUCUAAUUAUCAGGUGCCGAUGACCCAGGGUUCUCAAGGACUCCCUCAGCAGUCAUACCAACAGCCAAUCAUGCUACCUAACCAGGCAGGCCAAGGGUCCCUCCCAGCCACUGGAAUGCCUGUGUACUGUAACGUCACACCGCCGACCCCUCAAAACAACCUUAGGCUGAUUGGCCCUCACUGCCCUUCCAGCACCGUCCCUGUGAUGUCGGCCAGCUGUAGGACCAACUGUGCCAAUAUGAGCAAUGCCGGGUGGCAGGUCAAGUUCUGAGCGCUCUGCCUGUGGUACAUUUCUCCAGAUAUUACUCAUGGCCUUUAAGGGAAGAGCAAGGUGGGAAGAUUCACUGAGGACUUAGGUAUUCACUCAACACCCAAAUGACUGCUGCUGGUAUUCUGUAAAAAAACAAAGACUAAUCCACACAUUAGCUGGUUAAUGGUGCAUAUUUCUGUCAUGUCUGCUAGGUAUGCCUUUAUAGCUUAGCUAGUGACAUGAAUUCAUCAAGGUAAGAUUUUCUCCUACCACUGAAUACCACUGUGUAGAUGAUAAUAUCCCUAAUUUGGAUUAUUAGUUUUGUACUUUGUGUUGAGUUUGUGAUGCUAAAAGUAUUUAAAAAUUAUAUACUGAAAUCACAUUGUACCAAAGCUGUAAUGGAAAAGAAAAGAAUUGAUGAAUGGAAGGAAUAAUUUAUAUAACUAUAGAGUUUUCUUUUUUUAAUGGAUAUAUACUGUAUUGUAGUGUUUAAUCAAAAUAAAACUAUUUGACCUUAUGGAGGAAGGUCAUGUUUUUA